AUGAGAUUGACUUCAGAGAACAUCAACCAGCGAGUCGUCGCUGCCAAGUACGCCGUUCGUGGUGAACUUGCUGUCAAGUCCGAGGAAUACCGAGCCAAGAUCGCAAAGGGCGAUACCGGCGAUCUCCCCUUCAAACAGGUUAUUUCUGCAAACAUUGGCAACCCUCAACAGCUCGACCAGAAGCCCAUCACCUUCUUCCGCCAGGUCGCCAGUCUUCUCGAGAACCCUAUACUGCUUCAGAACGAGGAGGCCCUCACCAAGCACUUUGGCUACCAGACCGAUGUCAUCGAGCGCGCCAAGUUCCUCCUGAGCAAGAUCGGCUCCGUUGGCGCCUACAGUGCCAGCACCGGUGUUCCUGCUAUCCGCGAUAGCAUCGCCAAGUUUAUUGAACGUCGCGAUGGCUUCCCUGCAGAUCCCGAUCACAUUUACCUGUCCGCCGGUGCCUCCUCUGGUGUCAACACCCUUCUCAACGUCAUCUGCGCCUCCCCUAAGACCGGCAUCCUUAUUCCAAUUCCUCAGUACCCUCUCUACACUGCUACUCUCUCCCUGUUGGACGCCACAGCUGUUCCUUACCUCCUGGAUGAGCAUAAGAACUGGGGUACCGACGUCGACACCAUCCGUGCCUCAUACGAAAAGGCCAAGGCUGACGGCAUUGACGUUCGAUGCAUUGUCAUUAUCAACCCCGGUAACCCUACCGGUGCCUCUCUUCCCGAGGAGGACAUCCGUGCUGUCCUUGAGUUCGCCAACAAGGAGAACCUAGUUGUUAUGGCCGACGAGGUGUACCAGACAAAUGUCUUUGUCGGCAAGUUCCACAGUUUCAAGGCUGUCCUCCGUACCCUUGAGAAGGAGAACCCUGGCAAGUUCGACGGCCUCGAGCUCGCCUCUCUACACAGUGUCUCCAAGGGCAUGGUUGGCGAGUGUGGUCACCGUGGAGGUUACUUCGAGCUUGUCAACUUCGAUGCCGAGGUCGAGGCCAACAUCUACAAGUUCAUUUCCAUCAUGCUCUGCGCUCCUGUUAUUGGUCAGUGCAUCGUUGAGUUGAUGGUCAACCCUCCCAAGCCAGGCGAGCCCUCGCAUGAGCUUUACAAGAAGGAGUAUGAUGGAAUCUUCACCGGUCUUCAAGAGCGUGCUACCGCCCUUCACAAGGCUUUCUCUCAGAUGGAGGGAGUUGAGUGCGCCGAGCCCCAGGGUUCCAUGUACCUCUUCCCCACCAUCAACCUGCCCGAGAAGGCCGCCGAGGCUGCCAAGGCAGAGGGUCGAAGCCCAGACGAGUUCUACUGCAUGCGUCUCCUCGAGGCCACCGGUAUCUGCGUCGUUCCCGGCUCAGGCUUUGGUCAGAAAGAGGGUACCCUGCAUUUCAGAACAACCUUCCUCGCACCUGGCACCGAGUGGGUUGGCAGCAUCGUCAAGUUCCACAAGGAGUUCCUCGAGAAGUACCGAUGA